ACGCCAUCAAUCGAAGUGUGACGACGGAGGACCAGGAACGGAGAGUGCAAACUCCGGGCUAUCUCCAGGCGUACUGCAUCAUUGAUUUUCCCUUCCUUUUAAAAGCUUAAUCUCUCUCUCUGCUCUCUUUUCAAUGAAACUCCAACAGCAACUUUUCCACACAAUCAAACGUACCAAAUUCCAUACAAUUAGAAACUACUCAAUUGGACAUCCCACAACCACAAUGCCACCCCAACUCCCCACCCGCAAACUAGGCAAAAACGGGCCCCUCGUCCCAGCAAUGGGCUUCGGGCUCAUGGGCCUCUCCGCCUUCUACGGCAAACCGCAGCCAGACGCCGAACGCUUCAAAGUCCUGGACCGGGCGUACGAGCUGGGCGAAACGUUCUGGGACUCGGCGGACAUGUAUCAGGACAGCGAGGACCUGAUCGGGAAAUGGUUCGCGCGCACGGGGAAGCGGGACGAGAUCUUCCUGGCGACGAAGUUCGCGAAUAAGGUUGUGGGGGACGGGAAGCGGGUUAUUGAUUCGAGUCCCGAGUAUGUCAGGACGGCGUGCGAGAAGAGUUUAAGCAGGUUGGGGGUGAGUGUUAUUGAUUUGUAUUAUUGUCAUCGGGUGGAUGGGAAGACGCCGAUUGAGAAAACGGUCGAGGCUAUGGUUGAGUUGAAGAAGGAGGGAAAGAUAAAGUAUAUCGGUUUGAGCGAAGUCUCAUCCGCGACCCUGCGUCGUGCUGAAAAAGUGCACCACAUUGAUGCUGUGCAAAUCGAGUACUCUCCUUUUGCAAUCGACAUCGAGCAACCGCAAAUCAACCUCCUGAAAACAUGUCGAGAGCUGGGCGUCGCAGUCGUGGCAUACUCUCCUCUUGGCCGUGGCAUCCUAACAGGAGCCUACAAAUCACCCGCCGACUUCGAAGAGGGCGAUUUCCGCAAAAUGGCACCACGAUACAGCGAAGAGAAUUUUCCCAAGAACCUCAAGCUCGUAGAUGGCAUCGUUUCUAUUGCCAACAAGAAGGGAUGUACGGCUGGUCAGCUGACACUGGCUUGGUUGAUGGCUCAAGGAGAGGAUAUCAUCCCUAUUCCUGGAACGAAGAAAAUCAAGUAUUUGGAGGAGAACUUGGGAGCUUUGGAUGUUAAGUUGAGCGCAGAGGAGGAGAAGGAGAUCAGAGAUUUGGUGGAGGGAGCUGAGGUUCAUGGGACGAGGUAUCCCGCGGCAGCGUUGGCAAACCUGUUUGGAGAUACACCGGAGUUGAAGGCGUGAGGUUGUGGUGGAUGAGGAAUGUAUAGUAAUCGGCAGCCUCGGACGGAAAAAAUAUGCUAUUGCUUGAGAAGCUGACGACAGCUGGUUAUGACUCCUAUGCUAUGCUUAGAAAGCAGUGUUGGCGGUUGUUCGAAAACAAUCAACUGACUGCAGAUUUGCAUACCCCUCUUAGAACCUUUCUUAUCUAAUUCUGGC